AUGAAAGUUGUUUCGGCUCUGUUGCUCUUCGCCGUCGUCUGGAGUCAGGAGUGGGAGCCGGCGCGCUCGGAUUCAAUCAUCCACAUCGGUGCCAUCUUUGAUGAGUCUGCACGGAAAGACGAUGAGGUGUUUCGUUUGGCAGUGGCAGAUCUUAACCUCAACAAUGAGAUUCUUGAGACGGAGAAGAUCACCAUCUCCGUGGAGUUUGUAGACGGGAACAACCCCUUCCAGGCUGUGCAGGAAGCCUGUGAGCUGAUGAACCGCGGUAUAUUGGCCCUGGUCAGCUCUAUCGGAUGCAUGUCGGCGGGCAGUCUCCAGACACUGGCAGACGCCAUGCACAUCCCCCAUCUCUUUAUCCAGCGCUCCCCGGCGGGCACGCCCCGUUCCGCCUGCCCACCCACCAGUCGCAUCCCUGGAACAGAUGACUACACCCUAAUGGUCCGCCCACCUGUCUAUCUCAAUGAGGUCAUCAUGCAAGUGGUGUCCGAGUACAGCUGGCAGAAGUUCAUCGUCUUCUAUGAUUCUCAUUUUGAUAUCCGGGGUAUUCAGGAUUUUCUUGAUUGGACAUCUCAGCAGGGGAUGGACGUGUCUCUCCAGAAGGUAGAGUCCAACAUCAACAUGAUGAUCACCAGCCUGUUCAGAACUAUGCGUGUGGAGGAGCUACACCGCUACAGGGACACCCUGCGCCGGGCUGUGCUGUUCAUGAGCCCAGCAACCGCCAAGGCUUUUAUCACCGAGGUGGUGGAGACCAACCUGGUGGCCUUCGACUGUCACUGGAUCCUCAUUAACGAGGAGAUCUCAGACUAUGAGUUGCAGGAGUUGGUGAUGAAGUCCAUUGGUCGUCUGACAUUGGUGCGACAGACUUUCCCCAUGCCCCAGAACACCACCCAGCGCUGUGUCAAACACAACCACAGGAUCAACACCUCUCUUUGUGACCCCAAAAAUGCCAAGGCUCAGCAGUUAGAGAUCACCAACCGUUAUAUCUACGAUACGGUGCUGCUGUUGGCCAAUACCUUCCACAGGAAGUUGGAGGACAGGAAGUGGCACAGCAUGGCCAGUCUUAGUUGCAUCAGGAAGAACUCCAAGCCCUGGCAGGGAGGGAAAAGCAUGCUGGAUACCGUCAAACAGUUUGGCGUGAGCGGUCUCACGAGUUUCCUCGAGUUCACAGACAACGGCACCAACCCCAACAUCUUCUUUGAAAUCCUGGGGACAAACUAUGGAGAAGACAGAGGAAGAGGCGUCAGUAGGCUGGCAACUUGGGACCCGGUUCACAGCUUAAACGGCACACUGACAGACAGGAAACUGGAAAAUAACAUGAGAGGAGUGGUGUUACGAGUAGUCACUGUACUGGAGGAGCCGUUUGUGAUGAUGUCAGAGAAUGUUCUGGGCAAACCAAAGAAGUACCAGGGCUUCUCCAUUGACGUUCUGGAUGCUCUGUCCAACUACCUGGGGUUUAAAUAUGAGAUCUAUGUUGCUCCAGACCACAAAUACGGCAGCUUGCAGCCUGACGGCCAGUGGAACGGACUGAUAGGAGAAUUGGUCUUUAAGCGAGCAGAUGUGGGUCUCUCUGCCUUGACCAUCACGCCUGAGCGGGAGAGCGUUGUGGACUUCACCACGCGUUAUAUGGAUUACUCUGUUGGCGUUCUGCUGCGCAAGGCUGAGCGCACCGUGGACAUGUUCGCCUGCCUGGCACCCUUCGAUCUGUCGCUGUGGGCGUGCAUCGCCGGCACCGUGCUCCUGGUUGGCAUCCUGGUGUACCUGCUCAACUGGCUCAACCCACCCCGGCUGCCCAUGGGAUCCGUGUCCUCGACCACACUGUACAACUCCAUGUGGUUCGUGUACGGCUCCUUUGUCCAACAAGGAGGAGAGGUGCCCUACACCACUCUGGCCACCAGAAUGAUGAUGGGGGUUUGGUGGAUGUUUGCUCUCAUCGUCAUCUCUUCUUACACUGCCAACCUGGCUGCCUUCCUUACCAUCACACGCAUAGAGAACUCCAUACAGUCCCUCCAAGACUUAUCUAAGCAGACGGAGUUGCCCUAUGGUACAGUUCUGGACUCUGCAGUAUAUGAUCAAGUGCGCUCCAAGGCCAUGAACCCCUUUGAGCGAGACCCCAUGUACUCCCAGAUGUGGCGAAUGAUUAACCGCACCGGAGGGGCUGACAAUAAUGUGGACGAGUCAAAGGAGGGCAUUCGCAAGGUUAAGUAUGGCCGGUUUGGUUUCGUGUGGGAUGCAGCAGUGUUGGAGUAUGUAGCCAUCAAUGAAGAGGACUGCUCGUUUUACACCGUCAGUAGCAACGCACCGGACCGUGGAUACGGUAUCGCCAUGCAACAUGGCAGCCCCUACAGGGACAUUUUCUCCCAGAGAAUCCUGGAGCUUCAGCAGAACGGCGACAUGGACAUUCUGAAGCUCAAGUGGUGGCCGAGGGACAGCCCCUGCGACCUGUACAGCUCUGUCCAGACCCGGCAGCGGGGCAGUGCCCUGGACAUCCACAGCUUCGCCGGGGUUUUCUGCGUGCUGGCGGCCGGUGUGGUGCUCUCCUGCCUUAUUGCCAUGGUGGAAAGCUGGUGGUCGCGAAGGAAGGGAUCCAGAGUCCCCUCCAAGGAGGACGAUAAGGAGAUCGACCUGGAGCACCUACACCGGCGGGUUAACAGCUUGUGCACCGAGGACGAAAGCCCCCACAAGCAGUUCUCCACCUCUUCCAUCGAUCUAACACCCCUCGACAUGGAUGCCCUGCCCGCCGCCCGCCAGGCUCUGGAGCAGAUCAGCGACUUCCGUAACACCCACAUCACCACCACCACCUUCAUCCCCGAGCAGAUCCAGACCCUCAGCCGCAGCCUCUCUGCCAAAGCUGCCGCCGGAUUCGCCUCUGGUUUCGGAGGUAGCGGAAGCGGGGGAGGUGGUAUGCUCCAGGAUCACCGGACUGGCGGGGUGGGCCCUUUCAGACAGAGAGCCCCCAACGGUGGUUUCUUCCGUAGCCCCAUUAAGACAAUGUCCUCCAUUCCCUAUCAACCAACAGGCCCAGGGCCCAACUUUGGAUACGGCAAUGACCCUGACAGGGGCACCUCCAUAUGAGGAAUUGCCUGGAAAUUGGUGAAUUUGGGAGGAGGAGGUGGUGAGCGGAG